GAGAAAAUCGAUUUUGAUUUUUGGUGCAACUCUAAAACAAAUAACUGUAGGUACAUGAAAUGUUCACUAGCUUAAUAUAGCUACUAAUUGUAUAUACUAGUAUUUUCAAUACACCAUGCCAUUUUCAAAAUAUUUUUACUUAUUUUGAGCUGUUUACGGAAAUUGUCAGUUUUCAAUUUUUUUAGUUUUUUUUUCUAUAAAUAUCAAUAAUAUAUAAUUAAUGUAUUUAGAUGACAUGCGUAAAAGCUACCGAUACCAUAGUAUUGCAUUCGAACAGUUUGAACAUCGAUACCAAAAGUGUCGUUGUGGCCAACGGUGGUGAAAAUGUCAUCCCAGUGACUAGUGUGUCUUUUGAUCUAGAUAAAGAAUUUAUGCACGUCAAGUCAACCGUAAACUUUAAGCCCUGUGACGAAUACGUGCUGACUAUAUCAUUUACCGGAAACCUCACCGACGAUUUAGUAGGUUACUAUAGAAGUAGCUACGUAGACAAGGAAUGCAAUCAAACAAGAUUACAGAAGAUUGGAAAUAUGUGGCGAUGGUGCUGGAUAAGUUGUUUUUGCGGAUAUUUACAUUGGCCAUGACAAUGGGAUCUGCAGGAAUAACCCUACAGGCACCCCCUCUGUACGACAAUCGGUUGCCAAUUAAUGUCAGGUUGUCGGAAAUACUUGCCCAUACACAAACAGUGAAACAGAAUUAUAAUAACAUUAAGUAAAUACGAUAAUUAUUGCUCAAUAUGGAUAACAUUAAUAAAAUGCGGGAUGAG